AUGGGCUCCAGAUUCUGCACAGGACUUCGUCGGGACCGCAGGAGGUUGUCCAAACAAAUCGCCAUGCUGAUGAUCAGGUUGUCAUCACGGCAGGCUAACUCCAUCUGUACCUCCUCCCGCAGUCCGCUGCUGAACACGUUGACCAGAGCCAACUUGUUCCAUCUGGUGGAGGCUGCGAUGGUCCGGAACUCCAGAGGGAACUUCGAUGUGGUCCUAGAUCCCUGGUUCCCCAGUCCGGACCCUCCUGAGAGGUUCCCCAGUCCUGACCCUCCUGAGAGGUUCCCCAGUCCUGACCCUCCUGAGAGGUUCCCCAGUCCUGACCCUCCUGAGAGGUUCCCCAGUCCGGACCCUCCUGAGACGUUCCCCAGUCCGGACCCUCCUGAGAGGUUCCCCAGUCCUGACCCUCCUGAGAGGUUCCCCAGUCCUGACCCUCCUGAGAGAUUCCCCACUGUCCUGACCUUCAGCUCUCCUGACCUUCAGCUGUCCAGACCUUCAGCUCUCCAGACCUUCAGCUGUCCAGACCUUCAGCUGUCCAGACCUUCAGCUCUCCUGACCUUCAGCUGUCCAGACCUUCAGCUCUCCAGACCUUCAGCUGUCCAGACCUUCAGCUCUCUCCUGACCUUCAGCUCUCCUGACCUUCAGCUCUCCAGACCUUCAGCUGUCCAGACCUUCAGCUGUCCAGACCUUCAGCUCUCCAGACCUUCAGCUGUCCAGACCUUCAGCUCUCUCCUGACCUUCAGCUGUCCAGACCUUCAGCUGUCCAGACCUUCAGCUCUCCAGACCUUCAGCUCUCCUGACCUUCAGCUCUCCAGACCUUCAGCUGUCCAGACCUUCAGCUCUGUCCAGACCUUCAGCUCUCCUGACCUUCAGCUCUCCAGGCCUUCAGCUCUCCUGACCUUCAGCUGUCCAGACCUUCAGCUGUCCAGACCUUCAGCUCUCCAGACCUUCAGCUCUGUCCAGACCUUCAGCUCUCCUGACCUUCAGCUCUCCAGGCCUUCAGCUCUCCUGACCUUCAGCUGUCCAGACCUUCAGCUGUCCAGACCUUCAGCUCUCCAGACCUUCAGCUGUCCAGACCUUCAGCUGUCCAGACCUUCAGCUCUCCAGACCUUCAGCUGUCCAGACCUUCAGCUGUCCAGACCUUCAGCUCUCCAGGCCUUCAGCUCUCCUGACCUUCAGCUGUCCAGACCUUCAGCUGUCCAGACCUUCAGCUCUCCAGACCUUCAGCUGUCCAGACCUUCAGCUGUCCAGACCUUCAGCUGUCCAGACCUUCAGCUCUCCAGACCUUCAGCUGUCCAGACCUUCAGCUCUGUCCAGACCUUCAGCUCUCCAGACCUUCAGCUGUCCAGACCUUCAGCUGUCCAGACCUUCAGCUCUCCUGACCUUCAGCUGUCCAGACCUUCAGCUCUCCAGACCUUCAGCUCUCUCCUGACCUUCAGCUGUCCAGACCUUCAGCUGUCCAGACCUUCAGCUGUCCAGACCUUCAGCUCUCCUGACCUUCAGCUCUCCAGACCUUCAGCUCUCCUGACCUUCAGCUCUCCUGACCUUCAGCUCUCCAGGCCUUCAGCUCUCCUGACCUUCAGCUCUCCUGACCUUCAGCUCUCCAGACCUUCAGCUGUCCAGACCUUCAGCUGUCCAGACCUUCAGCUCUCCAGACCUUCAGCUGUCCAGACCUUCAGCUCUCUCCUGACCUUCAGCUGUCCAGACCUUCAGCUGUCCAGACCUUCAGCUCUCCAGACCUUCAGCUCUCCUGACCUUCAGCUCUCCAGACCUUCAGCUGUCCAGACCUUCAGCUCUGUCCAGACCUUCAGCUCUCCUGACCUUCAGCUCUCCAGGCCUUCAGCUCUCCUGACCUUCAGCUGUCCAGACCUUCAGCUGUCCAGACCUUCAGCUCUCCAGACCUUCAGCUCUGUCCAGACCUUCAGCUCUCCUGACCUUCAGCUCUCCAGGCCUUCAGCUCUCCUGACCUUCAGCUGUCCAGACCUUCAGCUGUCCAGACCUUCAGCUCUCCAGACCUUCAGCUGUCCAGACCUUCAGCUGUCCAGACCUUCAGCUCUCCAGACCUUCAGCUGUCCAGACCUUCAGCUGUCCAGACCUUCAGCUCUCCAGGCCUUCAGCUCUCCUGACCUUCAGCUGUCCAGACCUUCAGCUGUCCAGACCUUCAGCUCUCCAGACCUUCAGCUGUCCAGACCUUCAGCUGUCCAGACCUUCAGCUCUCCUGACCUUCAGCUCUCCAGGCCUUCAGCUCUCCUGACCUUCAGCUGUCCAGACCUUCAGCUGUCCAGACCUUCAGCUCUCCAGACCUUCAGCUCUCCAGACCUUCAGCUGUCCAGACCUUCAGCUCUCCAGACCUUCAGCUGUCCAGACCUUCAGCUGUCCAGACCUUCAGCUUUCCUGACCUUCAGCUCUCCAGACCUUCAGCUCUCCAGACCUUCAGCUGUCCUGACCUUCAGCUGUCCUGACCUUCAGCUGUCCAGACCUUCAGCUGUCCAGACCUUCAGCUCUCCUGACCUUCAGCUGUCCAGACCUUCAGCUGUCCAGACCUUCAGCUCUCCAGACCUUCAGCUCUCCUGA